AUGGAGUUUCCCAGCCAACAAUAUCCCGUACCAGCAGGGGUACACAUCAUCCCAGAACAUCUCCUGGACCUCCGUUCCGACUCCGAAGUCGACCAUGACCUCCUCCACCCUCGACCCGUUACAGACGAGAAAAAUAUCUGGCUCUUCUGGCACAGCGGCUACUCCACCAUGCACCCAUAUACAAAGCGAAACGUGCGCGCCUGGCACCGGCGCUUCUCCAAAGCCGGCUGGGUCGUACGUGUGGUCGACCGCGAACCGUCUUCGCCUCUCAACAUAGCCAACUUCAUCGACAUCAAUGACACGGACAACUUCCCUCGCGCAUUCGCCGAAGGCACCAUCAGCGGUACCUACGCGAAGCAGCACACAUCCGACCUUGUUCGCCUACCUCUACUCCUGAAAUACGGCGGUAUCUACGCCGACGUCGGACUGAUCCAGAUCGGCGACGUGGAUCGAUUGUGGCGCGAGACGGUCGGAAACCCGGACUCGCGGUUCGAGGUGCUCUCCUACAAUGCUGGCGAUGUCAACGAGCGCAGCCUUACCAAUUACUUCCUCAUGUCGAGACGCAACAACCCGCUAUUCGACCGGUGUCAUCGUCUACUGUUGAAGUUGUGGGAAGGAAAGACGUGUACAGAUGGGAUGCAUCGAAGUCCGCUGUUGAAGGAAUUGUCGUUCCUCACUGGAACCGGUAAUUUGACAGAGCAGCAGUGCAGAGAGUUGACGGAUUAUAUUAUCCAGGGACAGGUGAUGACUUUAGUUAUGGGCUUAGUCGACGAAGAAGAUAACUGGGAUGGACCGAAGUAUGUCGCGGAGCAUGUCUACGGAAUUGAGUUCAUGCAGGGGUCGCAGCUGAUCAAUGACAUGACUGGAUGGGAUGGUCGGAAAGCAUUCGAGCUCAUGUCGUUGCCGCUGCCCAAGGAAGGCGAGGAGGAAACCGCAGAGCAGAAGCGGGCGAGGGAAAUCGUCGAGGCAUGUCUGACGAAGAGUUUUGGGUUUAAGCUCGCUCACGGAUACAUCCUGGAGGUGAUGAAUGUGACACUGGGGUCGUUGUGGAGGGAGAAUGAGGGAUCAGAUAAUGUACCCGGGACGUAUGCGCAUUGGCUCCGGCAUGCAAUCGUGCAUUGGAGUCAGGAUGCACUUCCACCGACACAGGAGUACACUGUGCUUCCGCCGAUUAAGAGGGGACCGCUAUUGCGGGAAGAGUAGAUAGACACCAUGAUACCAGUAUAGAUAGCAUCCACUAGACACACAAUGCAUAGACCUGAUAAAAC